AUGGACCGGUCAGUCAGCCCAGAAUCAUCCGACUCAGAUGGCCUCCGAGUGAGCAUAUCAUUAGCUCCGCCACGACUCAACAAAACUGCAGAGACAACGAGUCUCGAUUUUGACGGACGUUUGACAGAACCGCUUUUGCUCAAAGAAGAUCUCAAAAAUGGAUGUGGAGGUCAAUUAUGGCCUGCUGGAAUGGUUCUAGCCAACUAUCUUCUGGAUCGCCACCCCGAAGAUCUGGCUAACAAAUCGAUUGUGGAACUUGGUUCUGGCGUGGGGCUAGUCGGACUUGCAGUCGCUCGCGGUUGCAAGACUAAAGGACCCCUCUACAUCACAGAUCAACAACCUAUGUUCGACCUGAUGAAAGAUAAUAUCCAAUUAAACGACCUUGACACCGCUGUCUCGGCCUCGAUACUGAACUGGGGAGAACCAAUUCCUAAACAAAUACCCUCGAAACCGGACAUUAUACUCGCUGCUGAUUGUGUUUAUUUCGAACCGGCUUUUCCGCUCCUCGUUUCUACACUUCAAGAUCUGCUAGGCCCAAAUUCGGUCUGUUACUUUUGUUACAAGAAGCGGAGAAGAGCGGAUGCGAGAUUCAUGAAGAUGGCGAAGAAAGCCUUCGAUAUGGUAGAGAUUAAGGAUGAUCCCAAUGCGCCAUCUUACGAUCGAGAAAAUAUUUUCCUGCUCGAGAUCCGACUCAAAUCUUCUAAGAAACUUUGA